CACUAAAGAAGGGGAGACUGAAGAUCUUGAUAUUUGUGUUUAUCCAGGUAUUCGUAAUAUGUACUGUACCUCGCAGUCCAGCAAUUCCUGUAAGCACAUGCACGUCACUUCUGCCCUUGUCGGAUUGAUUCCCUGCAGCGGUGAAGCCAGACUGGUGACAAAGCGCGCUGACAUAAGCGGGUCCAUGCUAAAUCACCUCUCGACCUUGUCAAUCCUGACCAACUUGCACCGCUCCAACACCAAAAUCGGCUGAAUACCAGUCCCCCAAGUGCCCGCCCCAUCGGAUUUUGUCCCACGCGCUCUCACACGACACAUCCAAAAAGACGCGACGGGCUUCGAUAAGACAGAUCGAGAGGUCCCAAAUAAGCGGAGUAACAGAGGAAGACGAAAAAGAGUCACAGAGAACGAAAAACAAAACAAAAAAAAAGAAUAUCAUAUCAAUUGCUACAUCUUUGUUUUGAACCUCGCGCGCCUUUUAGAAUUGGAGGACAGUUUUAGGACGCCGCCCGCCGCGUGAGCGACUGAAUUGAUCGCGACCACGGCCGGCCGGACUGGGGCCACGGAACAACGAGCCCGUAAAAAAAAAUUGAACCAGAGGACUGGAGAGAGGAAAUAUCAAGGCUUCGAUAACUGGCCGAAUCCCAGAUUCGCGCGGAUCGCAUCGAGAAGAGGAAAGGAUCUUUCUUGAACCUCAACGAACGGGCUAGAAGCGAUUCCUCGGGAUUCUUCAAAAUCUUGGAACCUUCACCCCUUCAACAGUCCUUGUCUCUAAGUUGCGCGCGCUAUUCUCGCAAGAAGAAGAAAGAAAGUCGCCCAAGAUGUCGAACGCAGUCGUAGGAACGGUCUACGAGCAGAUCAUCAAGGGUGUCAUGGAGGCGUCCCGGACCGACUUUGAAGAUAACGGCUUCGGAGAAAGUGAGAUCAACGAACUGCAGCAGGUAUGGCAGCAGAAGUUGACCGCCAUGGGUGCUGCCUCAUUCCCAUGGGAUCCAAAGCCCGACGCACCGACACCACCUCCUCCUGCUGCAGCUCAAGCGGAUCAACAUCGUAUGGCUCCUGCGGCGGCUAACUAUACACAAGCUACCUUGAGCCCCCCUACUGCAGCUCAGCCUGGCCUGGCCUUGCCGCGUCCCAACCCUCCCGCCAAUAACGGUGUGCAGCAAAAUAAGGAUGCCGGCAUGGGUGAACCCGCCAUAAAGAUGGAGCCUGGCACUCAGCCUGUUGGACAGUUCGCACCACCCGCUGGCAACGCCACCAACAUUGCCCAGCAGCGGGCCAUGCAGAACAUUGCCAACUAUGCUGCCGCCAACAACAUGAUGCAGAGUGGCGCCCAGGCUCAGCAACAGCGCAUGUCAAUGCCCAUGCCCAUGCCCCCUGCUCAGGCACAGCAGCAGCAGCAGCCGCAGCUUACACAACAGCAACAGCAAGCAUACCAACAACAUCAACAACAAAUGCCACCUAAGCCACAGCAGCAAAUGCAGCCACCGCAACAACCUCAAAACGGCUCCCUCGGGCAAUCUCAGACGGAUGGUCCCGCUUAUGAGGAAGACACCUGGGAGGCUGUCAUGAUGCGCCGUAAUGCGGACGGUAGCGCAACGGCAAUGGGUCGUGUCGAGGUUGAUCGGAUGCUGCAUGCGAAAAUCGCUGCCCAGGCCAAGGCUAUGGAGGGCGGUGGGCUCAUGCUCCCGCUCAAGCAGGUCAAGACAAAGAAGAACAAGGAGCGUCGCCGUCGGGCAGCUCCACAAUCGACCAUUGCUGGACCUAACAGCAGUGGCAGCGGCAUCCCGCAGGUUGACGGACCUGACGAUGAGGAUGGAGAUGAAGACCUUGACGACGCCAUCAACUCUGAUCUUGAUGACGACAAUGAACCUGAUGAGAGCGACGAGGACGGAGACGAGCUGCAGCAACAAAUGCUCUGCCUUUACGACAAGGUUCAGCGCGUCAAGAACAAGUGGAAGUGCACUCUCAAGGAUGGCGUCCUCUGCGUUAACGGUAAAGAGUACGUUUUUCACAAGGCGACCGGCGAGUACGAAUGGUAGGCGUAUUCGUGAAAGGAUGAAUAGACCAGAAUCUUUGAGUUUCUUCCACAGACGGCCUUAAUUGCGCGACGCCACACCCACUAUCAACUUCAAUUUCCUCCCUUGUUUGGUUUAAGUUACACAGCUUGCUCGGAAGAUGUGGUCGUAUCCAUUUUUCAAGGAAUACAGAUUACUUUACGGUUUUUGAUAGCCUAAUAAAAGCUCGGAAAAGAAUGGAAACCCGUCUGGUUUGGUAUGCAAGAGGUGGAAUGGGAGGGGACUGUGAGGGGAAUGUGAGGGGGAGUGCCCUUCCAGGUUACUCGAAAUAUUUGUCAAGAUACAGAUAUUCCCACAAAAGGUUUUAAGCGUCAUCAGACGUCUCUCGUCUUUUCCCUCCAACAUUUGUGCAUCCUUUUAUUGCAUUUUUCGCACUAGCUACUAUUAACGGAAGACAUUGACGCAGGGCCGAAAAUUCAGUAGAUUAUCAGAUAGGCCACCCAUGAAAAUGUGUCUUUACACUCACAGCCAAGUCUUUGUUGUUUACAUCCGUGAUGUUGGUUGCCAACACAACCUUUCUGGUUAGCCGAGAUAAGGGGGGUUUUUUUUUCUUAAUAAAAAAAAGGCUAUUUCUCUACCAACUGUGUGAGGAUGCGAUUGGGUCCUCAAGACGUGUGUUUAAAUAACCUGCUCCAUUUGUUCGCA